CAAAGACAGGAGGAGAAAGAAGUUUAAAAACACAUCGUUCAAAAGCAAACCCGCAGCAGGCUUGCUUACUCUGUUGAAAACACCCUGCAUGGCCUGAUUUCCUUACAGGGAACCCAAUAUCUGAGGAGUGGGGCCAGAGCAACCCGAGUGGCUGUUUAGUUGAAUUAAACCCGUGGUGGGUUCAAUCAGUGCAGGGCAUGAGAAGGCGCUUUUCACCACCAGAAAUGGAGAUCUGGGAGGAAGGGGCGGGGGAGCUGCGUUUGUGUUGUUGUGCCGGGUGAGCCUAGGCUAGCAAAAGGCCUGGCCUUGACUGUCCUUCAUACGUUGCUAAAAUCUGGUUUUCAUAGAGGCGCGCGGUAAUUGCCCAAAGCCAUAACUGUCUCUGAAAUUAUUCAUUCAAGUCAUUCAGAGGAAUCUCGCAAAGCCAAUUCUUACAUUUAUGGCCUUUGCAUAAUCAAGAGAUGACAUCACCCUUCAUCCCUUAUUAUUACGGUUAUUAUUGGUUUGUUUGUUUGUUUGUUUGUUGUCUUAUGAAGUCGGACGGAAGGGUGGGUUAGGUAACUAUUGCAGGUAUGUUCCCCCCUUUGGGCGAAGGAACCUGGGGUAGGCCACUAGUCACCCUCCGCCUGAGGAGGGUAUUUUGGGGAGUUGCAGUGUUGUGCAGAAGAUCAUGUCUGUGCCCUGUGGUGCUGUCAGCUGUGACAGAUCCCAGAUGCAGCCGCUACUGUAUGGCAGAUUGAGUUUCUCAGCAGAAAACUCUCUCCCGCCCUCCUAAACGUCUUCAAAAACCUUCUCCAGAUACUGCAGGUCACUUCGGCUGAAUCGGGAAAAGUUGAACAAAAGUUUUCCUUUCGCUUCUUCUCUCUGGCUCUCUCUGCUAGGGGAGCCUCCCUCUGGCCCCAGCCCUGCUACCGCGGGUGCCAGCUGUGAGCCGGCCAGGCUGUCCGCAGGCCAGGCUGUCCCCAGCUGCUCCUGAGCACAACGAGCCCCGCUGCUCUGCUCAUGGGGGACCACGGAGCCUGGCCAGAAGGACAGGGGAUCCGCAGACUCUUUCACUGCUACCCACAAAGUGAGUUUAGAAGCCAGAAAGUGACACUGUCAGGCAAGUGUUCCUCUAAAGCACACCUGUCAAAAGCAAGCUUUGCAAUGAUGAAAAUGAAGAUUCUAUCCGCUCUUAUUUUUCUGAGCAUGCUGCUUGGUACUAAUAUGAUGCCUUUCAGUUGACUGUCUUGUUACAAGAAAGUGCUAAAAGAUCGCAACUGCCACAGCAUCCCAGAAGGUGUGGCCAGUCUUCAACCCAUUGAUGGAAAUCUUCAAGACCACUUCUGGGAAGGGCAAACCUGUGAGAUUAUCUGUUACUGCAAUUUUAGUGAAUUACUCUGCUGCCCAAAAGGUAUUUUCUUUGGACCGAAGAUCUCUUUUGUGAUCCCGUGCCACAAUCAGUGACGUGCAUCAUGUGUACCAGUGAGAAGACUUAUAGGACUUACAGAAGAUUAACAAUGUUGUCAUAGAAAAUCUAUUCCUUUCUACAGCACUAGAGUGCAGAGUCUUACUGUAUCAAGUACAGGCAGUCCCCGGGUUACAUGGAUCCGACUUACAUCGGAUCCCUACUUACAAACGGGGUGAGGC